AUCUCUACUUUAAGCGAUAGGUUUGUUAGGGUCUGCUCUUGCUUAAAGAAUACAUAUUUGCUAUUAUUCCAGAUAUCAUAUGUGAGGAGAACUAACUACUUCAGCAAAACUUUUGGACUUAUUAUUAUGUAAAAUAUAACAUUUCAAUUAUAGCGUUUUACGUUUGGUGAUGACAGUGUAUCGUUAACACAAAUUGCGAUGUUCCUUAAUGAAUCUGUCUUGGCGUUCUUCAUUUUGUUGAUUAACACACUUCAUGAAGCUGAAGCUUCGGGCCAAGCCCUAGUUUUCUUCAACCCUUCAAGUGCCAAAACCGAAACUAUAUCUGAAAACGCGAGUCCAGGACAAACUGUAUUUGUUGUCAUAGCAACGGACAGUGAAGGAAACACUCUUACAUAUUCGAUACGUAAUCAGACUCCGAGCACUCCAAGUUUUCCAUUUGACAGCUCCACCGGAGAGCUAACGUCCCCUUCGGGUCUUGAUGCAGAGACAACAACAUCCUUCACUUUUGAAUUCAGCGUUACGGAUGGGACAUCAACAGUAACUAGCCCUAUAUUAACAGUUGAUAUACUGGAUGUCAACGAAUCUCCCCCAGUUUUCAACCAGACUUCAUACACUGCAACUAUAUACGACACUGUAACAAAUGGAACACUUGCAUUGACUGUAUUUGCAUUGGAUCCAGAUGUUACGGCUUCUCUUAUAUAUUCUAUAACAGUCGGAGACACAACAACAUUUUCUAUCGGCGCAUCAUCUGGUGAUAUUACUGUUACUACAACAAGUAAUCUUGAUCCAUCAACGACACCCUCGUACCGUUUAACAGUGCAAGUUUCAGAUGGUAGUUUUACAGACACAGUAUAUGUUACUAUAACAGUUAUAGAUGACCCGUGUUCACCUAACCCUUGUCAGAAUUCUAGCACGUGCAGCCAGUCCGGAAGUUCAUAUAUCUGUGCUUGUCAGCCUGGCUGGAUAGAUUCAAACUGCUCAACAGGUAUAAGCAUGUGCCCUAAAGAAGUGGAACAGCGUGAACAGUCACAGUACCUUUUCCAGCUUGGGGAGAAAUGCUAUGAGUUUGUUCCUUUAGAGGACAGUUGGAUGUAUGCAAAAGAAGACUGCCAUAAUAAAAGUGGGCAUUUACUUUCAAUUAUAAGUGCUGAUGAACAGACUUUUAUUUCCAAUAUGCUGACAACAAUAAAUUUUACGCAACAAUUAUGGCUUGGACUGGAUGACCGUAUAACUGAAGAGCAGUGGGAAUUGGACACAGGUGACCCUGUACAUUACAUCAACUGGAUUCCCGGACGAUAUAUUGACCAGUAUCACGACCAGGAAGACUGCGCUGUUAUGGAUAUGUCUCGAGGUGGCCAAUGGGAUGAUGUUGAUUGUAAUACUGUGGUAUCAGGAGGGAUGCUGUCCUAUCCGUGGAUUUGUCAAUAUGACAGACAGAGACCGGCAUCAAAUUCAACUGCCGCAGUUAUAACUGCAGGGAGUUGGUCUAGCUGGUUCUAUGGUUCAUGCUCGGUAAGUUGUGGAACUGGAACGACCCACAGAAUGAGAACUUGCAGUACUGGAAACUUAGUCGAUUGUACAGGAAAAGACUUUGAAACGGUAUCCUGUAACACAGGACCUUGUCCCGCGAGUUGGUCGAGUUGGUUUCACGGUACCUGCUCAGUAACAUGUGGAUCUGGGACCUCCGGCAAACUAAGACGUUGCAGUACUGGAAAGGAGGCUGAUUGUCCUGGAAAAGCUUUUGAAAUUUUGAGUUGUGACGAAGGUCCUUGUCCUACCGAUGGCUCAUGGAGAUCUUGGCAAGUGUGGAGCACGUGUUCUACAACAUGCGGCGUUGGCAGACGUUUUCGCACGAGAAUCUGUAACAACCCCGCACCUCAGAACAACGGACUCGAUUGCAGCGGUUCUAUCAAUGAAACUUCAACGUGUAACCAUGGAGACUGUCCACGUUAGACACUUAUUAUGAAUUUAUAAUUCGUAUACAUAUCCGCGAUUUGAUUUGAAAGCUCUUGUAUAUCUUUACAGCUUACUGAAACCCACUGCUAACAUACUUACCAUUUUCGUGUUACCAUUUCGCAAAUACAAGAUUAAUAUGAACAAGUAAUUUUUAGACUGGUUGCCGUUCCACGAAACAUCGAUACAACAUGUGGAGCGGGUUUCUUUCAGCUCUGUAGCUCUGAAAAUCCUCAAGACUGCCAUGGCAGUGAAUAUAGAAAAAACCCUUGUAAUCUUAUGGAUUGUUCUUAAAGAAAUCGCAAUAAAAACGGAGCUAUAGCAUAUGUCUAUUUGUUAGGAAGAUUACUUUCUUGUAUCUAUGGUAUUCUUAUGUCUUUCAAAAUAUACAGCUCUGAGCUGAACCAAAAAAUCAAAUCCCAUUCCUGUCGAAAACCUGAUUGCUCAUUCAGCCUGGCAAAUAACUGAAAAGUAAUGGGCACACGUGGUUGUCGAUGUGUUAAUUAUCUACUUCCUUUUUUAUAAUAACUUGGCAUUAAUUACAUAAUGGCACAUGUGCCAGCAACUUCACGUACACGCAAGGGGCUCCAGGGAUAUGAUGGUUGAACUCGAGUAUUAAUGUGAUUUGUAUAUUUGGUAAAAUGUAUAAUGUUGUAUCCUUAUGUGAAACUGAAACUGAAUAAUUUGAUUAAACGCCUAUUUUUAUACAAUGAUAUAUUCAAUGGCGUUGUACAUAAUAAUAAUAAUAAUCAUAACAAUAUUAAUAAUGACAAUGAUAAUAAUAGCAGUCUUAUUGUAACAGACUGUCAUGACCGCAACCCUCCCCUAGAGGUCAUUUUACCCCUAUUGCGAAUACAAGUGCUUAAAGCAUCGCAUGGUGCGCCCAGACGAGCUGCAUAUCGAGGUUCAAAUCCCCCGGUUAAUGGUGCCAUCAUGUACUACUUAAGAAAGAAAUACUACACACUACCCUACCCAUAGAGCCUUACCAACAAGUGCGUUUGAUUAAACAAAACCUUUGAAAUAUAAAUGUUGAAAUGUAAAACCUUUUACAAAAAUGUAAGAACUUUCGCAUAAUAAACAGUUAUCAAAAACUUUAAUACUAUGCCGCGAAAUCUCUGAAAUGCAGUGUCUUAAGAUUUUUUAAUGUGUCAAGUGAUUUACUUUUGCGUAGUUCUAACGGCAGUUCAUUCCAAAGUUUUGGACCAAUACUACAGAAACUUCUGUCAUUGAAUGUUUUGCACUUGUUGUAUGGAACAACAUAACGGCAUUCAGAAUUUUCAGACGAUCUCGGACCUUGUUUACAAGGAAUAUACUCUGUAAGUUAUGAUGUUAAAUACAGUAGGACGAAAGCUUUUAUUUGCAAUAUGAUCAUCAGCAAAACCGUAGACUGAUAUGGGUUUUGGAAUGACAUAAAAAGAGUUCCAGCAUUGGUGAGAUUAAGCCACGGACCAAGGCAUCUGCCCUGGGGCACACUGCAUUCAGGAUGGCGGUCUGAUUAAUAUACAUUGUUGAUAUUAUUCUUACAAGUACGAGGCUUUAAAUAGGAGUCUACCCAUUGAAGAGCUGUAUCACAGACGCCGCCAUAUUGUGCUUUUAGGACAUCUAGAAGAAUGUAGUGGUCGACAGUGUCAAAUGCUGCACUUAAGUCAAUCGCAAUAAGGGCCUUGACUUCCUUUUUCUCCAUACCACUUAGAAGAUCAUUGACCAACCGAGGUAGCGCAGAUUCACAGGAGUGGUAUUUCCUAUGUGAGAGUAUCAUUAUUUAGCAAACAUGAUUCCAACACCCUAGGAACUCGAAAUUGGUUUGGUGUCCAUUUUGUACAUUUCAAUAUACUAUUUUAUUAGUAAGAAACUUCUUCUCACCUCCUCCCCGAUCAAAGCACUAGAGCGAAUUUGCAGGAUAGUCUUGUCAGUAAUAGAAGUUACAGAAACUAUCAUGAAAUAUUUGUUAGCUGCAUUAUAUAAAACUGAAACUGAUAUUGUUCUGUACUUGAAAUGUAAUUAGUACAGUGUGUUUUGUUGAAUAUUUAAACUGAUCUUAUAUGCAGUAGUCUAUCCAAGACGCUUUUGUGUUUUCUGAGACAAUAUUUUGUGUUUACUUAAUUCCUUUCUCAUUUUAAAAAAAUAUUUUUCCACUCGUUUACGUCCAUUUUGUUUUUGACUACCACAAACAUACUUUCUGGAGCUUGAAUACUAAUCUUAUUAUAUUGUAGUGACUACAUUUUUAUCCAAAAUGUAGUUCCAUGCUGUUGAUGAAAUAUAGUAUAACGUGUCAUUUGAUGAUUUGGCAGUUAUAUUUUUCACUUAGUUAUAUUGCUUAUUGUAACGAGAAAAGAUCUAAAUACUUUUCAUUGUGAAUUUCCAGGUUUUAGUUUUAUUCAUUGAGGAAAUGUCUACAUAAACAGCAAUUUUAAAUGAGACCAUUUUCUGUGGUUUCAGAACAGAUUAUUUUUCUCAUAUGUAACAUAUUAUCUCUUGGUUUUUUUUGGUAAUAUUAAAUGAAUGCAAUAUUGCCCUAAACUAUUUUUUUCAGAAAUAUAUAGGAAUAUGUUCAAGAAUAUAGGUAGAAAAAGAAAUAUAAGAAGGUUUUAAAAAAUAUAGGAAAUUACCUUAAAAUAUAGAGAAAUAAAGACAUCUAGUAAUGGCUGACAAUCUACCAAUGUCAUAAAUUUUUCCACCUGGUUCGAUAAAUAGAGCACAAGACUGUCAAUCAGGAUGUUGAGAACAAAACAAGCAAAGACAAAUGACCAACAUCAUACACUGUAUCUCAGCAUAAUAUUCGAACAAACCUUCAUACAAUGUACAACAUUGCAAAAAUAAGUAUAUUAAGCGCUACAUGAUAUCAUAUUUGCAUUUUACAGCAGAUAGCAUGGCAAAAUUAAGUAUUAUUAAGAAUUAAAUGCUAGUUUUUGUAUGCUUAUACGAGUAUAAACUACAUCGGGACUUCAUGGAUAAUUUGCAAGAAUCCCCAAUUUGGUAUAUACCCUAUAAACGCACAAAAAUAGCAUUCGAUUCUUAUAUGUACAUCUUUACAAUGGCUUGCUACAACAAUGAGUGGUUUGCUUUCAAUGAGUACCAGAAAAAAACAAAGUAUAUGUUAGGAUAUCAAUGUUCGUUCAAACAUCUAUAUACAAUAGCCAAAAACCAACUGAUUAUUUUAUGUUGUACAUUUAAUUUAACAAGCCUUAAAGUAGUAACGAUGAAAUGUAAAAACUCACUUAACAACUGCUGUUAUCGCAUUUAAAACAAUUAUCAAUGAAAUUAAAACAAUGCCAUGAAGGCUUGGUAAAACAUUCUGGCGAAAUUCUGGAUAAAUUUAGAAUUAAAAAUUACAAGGUGUCUUCAAUCACUACAUACGAUUUUUCUACUUUGUAUACGACUUUACCUCAUAACUUAAUAAAUGAAAAACUAACUGCCCUAAUUCAAAAGAUUUUUGCCAGGGAAAAUGCAACUUUUCUCGCUUGCAAUUUCGAUAAAGCAUUUUUUACUAGUUGCAUUGUACAAAAUUACUAUGUGCAUCUGUGACGAAGUUUGUAAAGCCUUUUCCUUUUUAUUGAACAAUAUUUACGUCAGGUUUGGGAAUGCAGUUUUCAGACAAGUAAUUGGAAUUUCCAUGGGAACAAAUUGUGCACCCCUUGUCGCAGAUUUGUUUUUAUAUUGUUAUGAAAGAGAUUUUAUGUUGAGCCUUUCUCAAGAUACACAGGCAGACAUUAUUACUGCAUUUAAUAAUACAUCACGCUAUCUGGAUGAUAUACUUAAUAUGGAUAAUCCGUUUUUUAUCAAUUGGUGGAAAAUAUUUAUCCCAGGGAGCUGCAGUUAAAUAAAACUAACAGCACGGAUGAUACUGCUUCCUUUCUAGAUUUACAUCUCUCUAUUUACGACAAUUUGUUUUUGUUUUUUUUUUUUUUUACAUUUUUAUUCAUUUAAGUAUACACAGAUUGCACAUGUUAUACAUUUUAAACACUUACAGAUAUUGUAUAUUAACAAUGUAUGUUAGAAAAAUGAAAAUAUAAACAUACUGUAUAACAAUACCUUAAUAUAACCUUAAUAUAAUCAAUAUUAAUACAGUGUGCCAUCUGAUAUACUUAAAGGUUUUUGUUUGAUAAAGUGGUAAUAGAAAAUUUGGAAAAAUUACCCAAACAUUUGUGAGCAAGAAUGUUUAGAGAGAACGUGUUUUUCGAUAUUAUAUUCUGCGCUUCUGCAUAUACAUAUACAUUUGUAUAUAAAUAUAAGAGUUCAAGUUAUAAAAUCAUUCCAUUUUGUGUUAAAUAUAUCUAUUUUGUCUUUCAAAGUUGCUAUUAUUCGUUCAAUGUCAAUACGCCGUGUUAGAUAAAGUUUGAAAGAUUCAAUUUCGGGUAUAUUUUUGUUAUACUUACAUAUACUUAUAAAUAUUUGGCUAGUAUCAAAAUGAAGUUAACAAUAUUUCUUUUUAUAGUAUCCGUUUCUUCUUCUAACCCUAAUGACACUGUUCUAUAACUAAGGAUAUCUAAUUCAAUAUUUUUAGUUCUGAGAAGUCUUUGUAGAUUAACCCAGAAUUGUUGUAUUAUUUGACAUUCCCAAAAGAAGGCGCCUCUGGGUUUCUGGGACCAUUGAACAGAAAUCACAGAACCUAGAAUUUGUGAGUUUGCAUUUGUACAGAUAAAUGUUAUUUGGUAUUAUUCUCAUUAGAUAUUUAUAUUGAUAUUCUCUUAGCUUUGAAUCGAUAGUACACUUUGUUGGUAUUGUAAAAACAUGUUUCCAUCUAAUUUGUUCUCCUAAUAAUUCUGAAUCCCAUUUCUUUAGAUUUUUGUUGCUACUGUCUAUUUGUUUAAUUUGUAGUUCAUACAACAUUUUAUUCAUUUUUAUAGUUUGAUUAAUUUUAUCUAUUAAAUAUCCAGUUCCAAGUGUUAAGUUGAUUUGCUCUUCAGCUAAGGGUUUUUCCCACUUUUUGUCAAUUGCUCUUCUCAAUGUCAAAUAGUUAAGAAAUUCACCAUUUUCAAUACCAUAUAUAUAUAUUGCAUUUGUUCAAAUGUUAAGAGAUGUUUAGUUCGGAAGUCAAAAAUAUGUUCCAUGUAUAAAAUGCCUCUUUCCAACCACGGUUUGUAAAGAAACAAGUUUCCAUUUGUCUAUUUUAUAUUUGAGUUAUUCCAUAUUUUUUCUUUCGAGUAGUUUUGUAUACAUGGUUUAUAAUUAAUUGUGCACCAGGAUAUUACUAUCUCCUUAAGAAAGGUGAACUUGAAAUUUAAUUUAGCUGCAUCUGCUUUGCAAGUGUUAUAUCUAAAUAUAUGUCUCCAUAUUUUUCUAGGUCUUUGUUAUAAAUUUUAUUCCAUUCUG